ACUCAAUAAUCACCCCAUCGUCGCUAGUCAAGGGAGAGACUACUACACAAAUACGACUACCUUUACCCGCUUUCCAAAAGGCACAAACAUACUUAUCCCUCCCCUAAACCCCCACUUUCCCACUUCCGCCGCCGCAAACCACCACACGCCACCAUGCAAGCCACCUUAAUCUCCCCACCGUCACACACCCUUCCCCACCCUACCACCGCCACCAGCACCACCAAAACCCUUUCCUUCUCCAAACGCCCCACCACAAUCCGAGCCUCCUCCUCAACCGAAACAGUCCCACCACCACCGCAAACGGUCGACGUCGCCGACCCAUCUCGGAAACUCAACAAAUACAGCUCUCAAAUCACCGAACCCAAGUCCCAGGGUGGUUCUCAGGCCAUCCUCUACGGCGUUGGACUCUCGGAUGAGGACAUGGGUAAGCCCCAAAUCGGCAUUUCCUCUGUUUGGUACGAGGGAAACACUUGUAAUAUGCAUUUGUUGAGUUUGGCUGAGGCUGUGAAGGAAGGGGUCAGAGAGGCUGGUAUGGUUGGGUUCAGAUUCAAUACCAUUGGGGUUAGUGAUGCUAUAUCUAUGGGGACUAGAGGGAUGUGUUAUAGCUUGCAGUCUAGGGAUUUGAUUGCUGAUAGUAUUGAGACUGUCAUGGCCGCUCAGUGGUAUGAUGGGAAUAUCUCCAUUCCUGGUUGUGACAAGAAUGUUGCAGAACUAUGUUUAAGCUUGUAGCAGUAGAGGAGUAGC